AUGACUUUGGGUGAGCUGGCUUCGUUGAUUCGGACGCCGGUGGCCCAGAUCAUCACCUAUUUCUUCGCUGAGAAGGGUAAGCCGAUGACGAUCAACGACGUCUUGGAAAAGGAAUUGAUUGAAGAGGUUUGCAAUCAUUAUGAAUUGGAAUACAUUUUCGAUGAUGAGAAGACCACCACGGCGGGCGACCGGGGCUUUCUGGCAGAACAACAGGAGGGUGACCACCUUGAGCCUCGCCCUCCAGUGGUCACAGUCAUGGGGCAUGUGGACCAUGGGAAGACCACCUUGCUGGACACCCUGCGGCAACGGAGCGUGGCGGCCACGGAGGCGGGGGGCAUUACCCAGCGGAUCGGCGCCUAUACGGUGGAACUGGAUGGGCAACAGAUCACCUUCAUAGAGCCUUGGCAGCCGUGGCAGCCUUGGCCUCUGAAAGCCCUCCGCACAAAGCGGGACACGCCCGGGCACGAGGCCUUCACCGCCAUGCGCGCGAGAGGCGCGCAGGUCACCGACAUCGCGGUGCUGGUGGUGGCCGCUGACGACGGGGUGAUGCCCCAGACGCGCGAGGCGAUCGCGCAUGCGCGGGCGGCGGAGGUGCCGAUCAUUGUGGCCAUCAACAAGAUUGAUAAGGACGGUGCAGAUGCGCAGAUGACCCGGCAAAAGCUCUCCGAGGAAGGUUUGAUCGCUGAAGAUUGGGGUGGCGAUGUUCCCAUGGUGGAGGUGAGUGCCAAGAAGAACAUCAACUUGGACGACGCUUGGUUGGGAAGCACUUCGUUGGGCGUAGGGUUGUGGGAGGGAUUCUUGGAGGUUUCUUAG